UUCUGUACCAAUGCAGUAUAUAAACUGACAGCGAUCGAGUUCGGUACGAGAAGCCUGACAAUAUCCGCCAUGUUCUCUUACUGGGUGCAUCUAUUUUUAUUCGGGCUCGUGGCGUUUGCCGAUGCCAACGACCGGCAGCGCAUAGUAGGCGGAAAGAAUGCUUCGGUUGGCCAGUUCCCUUACAUGGCGUCCCUGAGGGUGAAAAACAAGCAUGUCUGCGGUGGCGCGAUUGUUAGCCCCAAUUACAUCCUCACUGCAGCGCACUGCGUGGAAGCUGCCAACAAUAGGGGGAAGCUUAGCGAGGUGACGAUCGUCACCGGAACUAUCUAUCUCAACAGCGGCGGUGACGUCCACGCUGUCACGGCUAUGUCCUAUGACCCUGGCUACAAGAACGACCUUGACAAGGAUGUCGGUAUAAUCAAGCUCGCCCGUCCGAUCACGUUCAACGAGAACCAAAAACCCAUUGAUAUCGCCACUGAGAGACCACCGGAAGGGAAAUACGUCACUGUAAGCGGAUGGGGCCUUACGGCGUACCCCUCCCCUGCUCCCCCAGACAAUAUGCAGUACCAGUUCAUUAAGGUGAUCAAGUUCAGCAAAUGCCGUUUCUACUUCCCAACUAUCACUACUGCGGUCUGCACGUUCCUCAAAGUGGACGUUGGCGUAUGCUUCGGAGACAGUGGCAGUCCAUUGGUCUACAACAAUCAGGUGGUCGCCGUGGCGUCUCGCGUGGUACCCUGCGCGAAAGGAUAUCCGGAUCUUUUCAGCAGCACCGCCGACAGCAUGGGCUACAUUCGCAAAGCGAUGUCCGAAUGAUCUCCUCGAACCAAUCACGAAAUCGACGACACUGCGAACACGACGAACCUUUGUAUUGUACUGGAAAUAUGUGAAAUAUAACGUUGACCUUAA